UCUGCAGGGUUCUGUCAACUUUGGGUACCAGACUUUGCUGAAAUUGCAAAACCCCUCUAUGAAGCCACAAGGGAGGGGCACUCCUUUGAGUGGACAACAGAAAGAGAAUUAGCCUUUCAUAGACUUAAGACUGCUCUGCUUUCUUCCCCUGGUUUGGGGCUCCCUGACAUUACAAAACCAUUUCAUCUCUAUGUAGACAAACAUAAAGGGACAGCCAAGGGGGUGUUGACCCAGACCUUGGGGCCCUUGUACUGCCCAGUAGCCUACUUAUCAAAAAAAUUAGACCUGGUAGCAUCAGUAUGGCCCCCCUGCCUCAGCAUUGUGGCAGCCACUGCGAUGCUCGUAAAGGACUCAGACAAACUCACUCUGGGGCAGGAACUGUUGCAGACCACACCCCAUGCCAUUGAAGGGGUCUUGAAACAACCCCUGGACCAGUGGAUGAGCAAUGUGCGUCUAACACACUACCAGAGCUUGUUUGUUACUUAACCCACCACAAAUCUGGUUCUUGCCUAGGACAUGAAAAGCCCACUACCCCAGUGGCAAAGAGCAAUCAUCAGGCGGACAAAGCCACCAGAAGUGCAGUCCUCAGAGCCACACAGACCUUGAUGGUUAACUUACCCUACACUGGGCCUCCAGUCCUGCCAGAAGAGCCUAAAUACACCCCUGAGGACUUGGCAUGGAUCCGCACCAUCCCUCAGGCACAUAACCCCUCCCAGUAUAACGGUUCAGAAAGAGAAUUGGAACCACCUGAGUGCCACCUACAUGGCGGGCCCAAUCCCAGAGCCUCACAAGUUCUGGCCAGGGGACUAGGUCUAUGUCAAGAGACUUCGGCAGAAAACUCUCCAACCACAGUGGAAAUGGCCUUACACUGUGAUUCUGAACACCCCUACUGCACUCAAGGUGGACAGCAUCGCUGCAUGGGUCCAUCACACCCACAUCCAGGUAGCAGACCCAUUUGCCAUCAAGGAUUGUGCACUGCUCUAGGCAAGGAAUGCUGUUUUUAUGCUGACCAUUCUGAGAUAGUUAAAGAAUCCAUGACCCUAGAACUGGGAGGACUACAGAAAUGCAGACACGAAAGAGAGCAAGCUCAGAGUUGGUAUGAGAGUAUGUUUAAUUGGUUCCCGUGGCUCAACACCCUUAUUUCUGCCAUAGCUGGACCCCUAAUUCUGCUCUUAUUAGACUUAACAAUAACCACCCAAAGACGAAGCCACAGCUGGGGAACCAGCCUAGGAGCAACAUCAGCGACCCUUGCCCCUUGCUGCGGUUCCUGGCUAGCCUCUGUCAAAGCUAGAGGAUGGACUUUAGAUGGUGUGUGUGCCUCAGCUGAAGCAGGCCCCUUCACCCCAAUACAGAUGAGAUGA